AUGGACUCCUCUUCAGGGAGCAGAACCCCCGUCGUUGUUGGUUUGGACCUGGGGACCACGGUUUUGCAUCCAAACAAUGUCGAGGAUGCUGAUAUCAACAUCGAAUGGUUCAAGCUUGGCUUGCCUCACCCUGAUGAUCUACCAUCAGGCAUAAGAAACUCCCCCAAGUUCAAGGAAUUAAACUUCACCAGAGCAGCUGCGGAUGUCACAGCGAAAGAUGCCACAGCAAGAUUCAUCAACAAUAUCUGGAAAGUUUUCCUUGACGAUCUUCGAAAGAAGAUCCCAUACCCCUCUAUCCAGAUAUCGGCCACAGUCCCUAUGCUUUGGCCUGAGGACGCUUGUCGAGCCAUGUAUGAAGCCCUUCAUCAAGCAGAGAUUCUGAACGAGAAUGUGGUCCUGGCUCCCAAAUUUCUUGCUGAGCCAGAGGCUGCGGCUCUAGCAUUUUUCUCAGACUCGCACUACUUCGAAGAAACAAACAUCUCCAAGCUUAAUCCAGGACAGACUGUCUUGAUCUGUGACUGCGGCGGCGGUACCGUUGACACCGUAGCCUACGAGAUCACCUCCAUCCACCCCUUUCGUGUCAAAGAAAUUCGUCCUGGCCAAUGUAUCUUUGCUGGAGCUUGCCUCCUAGAUGAUGGAUUCAUGGAACUUCUAAAGGAAAAGGUCGAGACGAUGAUCUCUCCCCGGGCGUUCCAAGCUCUGACAAAGAAUCAACUCUACGAGAUAACAUCCAAUAGAUGGGAGUUUGACAUAAAGGGGCGCUUCGGAGACAAUUUCCCAACACAGCACAUAUACCUCCCUAUCAAGUGGGCUUCGAGCCGCCAGAGAAGAAUGCGCGUUGGGGAAGGUGAGGAAGUGACAUUCACCCACGAUGAUCUUGCUUCGAUCUUCGACCCAGUUGUGGGAAAGAUCACACACCUGAUCGAGGAGGAGAUGCUGGGCAUUUCAGCCAAGCUUUCAAAGGAUGUGACGCACCUCGUUGUGGCCGGAGGUUUUGGACAGAAUGACUAUCUACGAAAGAGAGUCGCAGAGACCGUGGCCAGAGUUUCUCCCACCACGAGUAUCCUCAGCUAUCCACCUGGACAUGGAUGGAAUGCAGUGUCCAUGGGAGCCGUUGCCCACGCUCUCCAAGCGCAGGCGAUGCAGCAACCGGUCAUAGUAGCCUCCAGAAUCGCCAGAUCUGGCUGGGGAGUCAGUGUCGACCGCAGAAACUCAAUCUUCUGGCUCGUUGGCGAAAACGAGUCUCUUGGUGCCACACAACCCAAUCUGCGACUGAUACCCCCCGAAGCUCUUUCUCCCGACGAUCGCGCCGGCAGGGACGGCUUUAGUAUCCGUGUCUACAGUAGACAGCUCCAGGGGGAAGCACCACGCACUCGAGAAGUCUGUAUCCUCAGCUGGAAGACCCGUGAUGUUGGGUUAAACUCCGACAUGAAACCUAUUCUGAAGGCCGAUUUGCAGAUCGGAUUUAAAUGGGACGGGGCGGCGAUGGAUUUCUCGCUGUUCUAUGGCGGUGUUGAGCAGAGCUCGGUGGAGGUCAAGCACCCUUGGGACGCUUGA